AUGGCUCAGACUCAGAUAUCGCGGAGCUCCGAGAGCGAUGCCUGGGCUCUGCUCGCGCUCAAGUCGGCGCCCUCAUCGCCCUCCAAGGUGCAGUGGGCGCAGGAGCCGGCUCCGACCGCAAUCGCGCGACUCGAUGGUCGCGAUUUUGAAUAUCUGAUUCGGCAGAAAAAGGUGAUUAUCGGUCGGAACUCUAGCCGGGGUCAAGUGGACGUAAACAUGGGACAUUCUAGUUUUAUAUCGCGCCGACAUCUCGAACUGUUUUAUGACCACCCGGAGUUCUACCUGACGUGCAACAGCAAGAAUGGCGUGCUAGUGGAUGGGGUGUUCCAGCGAAAGGGAGCGGCUGCGAUGUUGCUGCCGAAAAGAUGCACACUCCGUUUCCCAUCCACCAACAUUCGUCUGGAGUUUCAGUCGCUAGUUGAGGAGAGCGGGGGCGGGGCGGGCAGUUCCGGACCGCCUCUGCCGCCGCUGCGUAUCUCGAUACCAACGGACAAUGACGGACGCAGCCCGGCGCCUUCGCCUACCGGAACAAUAAGUGCGACGAACAGCUGUCCGACAUCCCCCCGGGGCGCGGGCUCGUCCGGGCGGCGGCACCCCGACCUGGGUCUCGUAGCGCAGUACGCGGUGCUAGCCGAACACCAGCGGCCCAACUCCAAUGGCACCGCUGCCUCCUCCGCGUCCGAAUCGGGGUACAGCUCCCGCGACGCGAGAGACGCGCGCGAGCACCGCGAGGGUAGAGACGAUGCUAAACCACCAUACAGCUACGCUCAACUGAUCGUCCAAGCGGUUGCCUCGGCGCCAGACAAGCAGCUCACCCUGAGCGGCAUAUACAGCUACAUAACGAAGCACUACCCCUACUACCGCACCGCGGAUAAGGGAUGGCAGAACUCGAUACGUCACAAUCUCUCGCUAAACCGGUACUUCAUCAAGGUGCCUCGCAGCCAGGAGGAGCCCGGCAAGGGCAGCUUCUGGCGCAUCGACCCUCAGAGCGAGGGCAAGCUCAUCGAGCUGGCCUUCCGCCCGCGCCGGCCCCGCGGCGUGCAGUUCAGGGCGCCCUUUGGAUUGUCCUCCAGAAGCGCGCCAACCAGCCCGUCGCAGGUGGGCGUGUCGGGGCUGGUGACGCCCGAGGAGCUGUCCCGCGAGCCCACGCCCGAUCUCUUCACCGGCGAGGAGCAUGACCAGCAAAACAGCGGUCAGCGUUUAAAUAACAACAACAGUUCCCAGUCAGCGCAGUACCUGUUCUCCCAGCGCAGUGGGGUCAGUCAGAGCGCUCCGGGCUCACCAGGCGCGGGCGUGUCGUACAGCGCGGGCGGCAGCGGGCUGGUGCUGCCGGGGCACCAGAUCACCGUCGUCACCAACGGCGCCGGCGGGGAGAGGGAAGAGAAGUACGUGGUGGGCGCGUCGGGCGGCGGCCUCGUGUCCAUCCCCGAGGAGGAGGUGCAGGCCGCCAACCUGCUGCUGCACCAGCAUUCGCCCUACUACGCCGGUUACAGCGGCGAGGAGGGCUGCUCGUCGCUGGGCGGGGAGCUCGUCAUCGAGGAGGCGCCCGACGACCCUCCCCAUAAGCGCCCUAAGCACCAUCAUGUGUCUGACAUAGAGGACCGGCGCGCAUAU